AUGGCUUCAAAUGAACCAUCGCAAAAUGAAACAAAACCAAUUGUUAAUCCUCCAAAAAAAAUAAAUCAUACAUGGUAUCAAUCAGAAACUACUGUUGUCGUUGUAGUACCUAUUCGUAAUGUACAACGUGAACAAGUACAUGUUGACACUACUGAUAAAACAUUAAAUGUCAAGAUUGAAAUACCAUCUUCAGAUAGUGGAUAUAAUCUUGAACUUGAUCUUGCAUAUCCAAUUAACAGUAGUCGUACUGAUUUUAAAGUUAAUACAGCAAACGUUGAAAUUCGUUUGUAUAAAACUGAUGCUAUUCAAUGGACAUCACUCGAUGCUCAACAUAAACCAAAUAUUCCACCAGUUAAUAUGAAUCGAGCACCUAAUGUUCAAUCAGUACCACCUUCUUAUCCAUCAUCAAGCAAAAAAGCUAAAGAUUGGGAUAAACUUGAAGUCGAAAUAAAGAAAGAAGAAAAAGAAGAGAAACCUGAAGGUGAUGCAGCAUUGAAUCAUUUAUUUCAACAAAUUUAUCGUGAUGGAACCGACGAACAAAAACGAGCAAUGAACAAAAGUUUUGCAGAAUCAGGUGGUACUGUAUUAAGUACAAAUUGGGAUGAAAUUUCAAAAACAAAAACUGAAUGUAAACCACCUGACGGAAUGGAAUGGAAAAAAUAUGAUACUUAA